AUGUGCCCUGGUAGUAGUGGUAGUGAUACAGAAUCUCGAGGGAUUAUAAAUUGUGACGAUUUGGUUUCAAAGGAUGGAGGAGAGUACAGGAAUGAAGGUACAAUGAGAGUAAGAGAAGAGGUCAAGUUUGUACAUGGUCUUCUCAGACAGUUUAGGGUCAAUGGAAAUGUAGGAAGGUUGCCACUGCAAGAGGUGGGAGAAGAGGUACUGUCUCUGGCUAAGAUAGCAUGCCCCAUAAUAAUGACAACUCUGCUUAUUUUCUCAAGGUCUAUAAUAUCUAUGCUCUUCUUGGGUCAUCUAGGAAAGAUCGAACUAGCAGGAGGUUCGCUCGCACUCGGGUUUGCAAACAUCACAGGCCUCUCAGUGCUGAAAGGCUUAGCCAUGGGAAUGGAUCCUAUAUGUGGACAAGCGUAUGGGGCCAAGAGAUGGUCAGUUCUUGGCCAAACCUACCAGAAAACUCUGUGUCUCCUGGUUCUUGUUUCUAUACCCAUCUCCUUCUUAUGGCUGAAUGUGGAACCAAUCUUUAUACGUUUAGGUCAGGAUCGAGAUAUCAGUAAUGUUGCCAAAGUUUACCUGACCUUCUGCAUUCCUGAAUUAUUAGGUCAAGCUGUUCUUCACCCUAUGAGAUCCUUUCUGAGAACUCAAGGCUUGACAGCUCCUCUUACUAUAGCUGCAGUAGGUGCAUUAAUCCUUCACACACCAAUCAACUACUUAUUGGUAAUAUACUUGAAGAUGGGGGUAAAAGGAGUUGGGUUGGCCCUUGCUUGUAACACGUUAAAUUUGAACUUAGGCUUGCUAAUUUAUGUCACGGUCUCAAAAACACCACUAAAACCUUGGCAUGGGGUUACAGCUCUCUCAAUCUUCCAAGGCUGGCGGCCAUUGCUAUCGCUAGCUUUACCUAGUGUCGUUUCUGUUUGCUUGGAGUGGUGGUGGUAUGAGAUCAUGCUGUUUCUUUGUGGCUUACUACCCAACCCGAAAGCCAGUGUGGCAGCUACAGGCAUCCUCAUCCAAACAGCAGGUAUAAUCUACUCUUUUCCAUUUUCCCUGGGCAUCGGCGUGUCUACGCGAGUUGGUCAUGCAUUGGGCGCUGGACAACCGUCUCGUGCGCAAUGGACAACCAUAAUUGGCAUCAGUCUAGCUUUCACAUUUGGUCUCUCUGCGUCUGUUAUCACGGCUGCCCUGAAAUCGGUGUGGGGGAAGCUGUACACUGAUGAGCCACAGAUUCUUCACUUGAUCUCAGUCGGACUUCCACUACUCGGGUUAUGUGAACUUGCCAACUCUCCACAAACAGCUGCCUGCGGCGUGUUAACAGGGACUGCACGUCCCAAAGAUGGCGCACGCAUAAACUUAUGUUCCUUCUACUUCGUCGGAUUGCCAGUUGCAGUUCUCCUAACUUUCCAAUGUAAAAUUGGUUUUCCGGGGCUAUGGUUUGGGCUACUAGCCGCACAAAUUAGCUGUCUAUGCAUGAUGUUGUAUACCGUGACUCGAACAGAUUGGAGACACCAGGCUAAAAGGGCUGAGGAGCUAACUGCAGCCGUAGGAGAUAAUGAUGGUGAUGAGGGUGAUUUGGAAACUGGCUUACUUCCAAGUGACAAUUAA